CCUAGAUAAGACAAGUCUCCCCUCUGUUUUUCCUCGUAAUUGAUAGGAAUCUUCGGAAAUGCCUUCAGUGGGAGUUAAUGGAAAAUCGCUCUUCUACACCAUCGACCAGAAUGACGGCUCCCCUGCCAAGACCACAGCUCUCCUCAUCCACGGCCUAGGAUCCAGUUCUUGUUUCUACAAAACCAUCACACCUUCUCUGAUAUCUACAGCCCGGUGCAUUUCCCUCGAUACUCCCGGCUCGGGACUCUCCGAGCUGGGUACGGCAGAGCAAACCAUUUCCAGCAUCGCCAGAGACGCAAUGGCGGUUCUCGAUUCGCUCCAAGUUCAAGAGAAAGUCGUGGUAGUCGGCCACUCUAUGGGCGGGAUCGUGGUAAGCUAUAUUGCUGCUGAGUAUCCGGAUCGAGUGAAAGGCGUCGUGCUGGUUGGGCCUGUCAAUCCAGACCCAGCUUUGGCGGGCGUCUUUGGCAAGAGAAUUGAAGUUGUUGUGAAGGAUGGACUCGAAACCCUUGCAAACAUCAUUCCCACAGGAGCAACAGGAUCGAAAGCUGGUCCCCUCCAGCACGCUUUCAUCAGAUCAUUGAUUCUCGGAACAUCCUCGGAAGGCUACAUAUCUCUAUGCAGCGUGAUUGCAAAGACCUCCAAGCCAGAAUAUAGCAACAUCAAAGUUCCUUUACUCAUUCUUGUUGGCUCCGAGGACAAGACUGCACCUCUUGCCGGCUCUGAGGCAAUCUUGACUGCCUGCGGAACAUCAAAGGACAAGAAACAGCUCGAGGUAUUAAAUGGCGUUGGGCAUUGGCAUUGCGUUGAAGCGCCAGAUGAUGUGGUGAAGCAUCUUGAAACAUUUUUUAAAAGCCUCGCAUAAAUAUCUUCCAAAGCAAAUUCAUUGCCCCUUCCUUUGCCUCUCUAAGCGCAAAUUCAGAAUCAAAAGAAACUCGAUGUUCU